AUGUUGCCCUUGCAUGGUCGCAGUGAGUCGAUCUUUAUCGUGACCACUACUUUUCUGGGAAUCUCUUUUAUUGCGGUUUGCCUACGAUGUUUCGUGCGGCUGAGAAUCGUCAAGGCCUUUGGCUGGGAUGACACGUUUAUGGUGUGCGCCAUGUUGGUGAAUAUCCUUUUUGCCCUAAGCGGUAUCACCGGAGCAUUGUAUGGAAUUGGCCAGAGAACCCCGGUCCUUGUGGAGAGAGGUACAAUGGAAACAGCAAUGUUUUGGUGGUGGCUCGGCCAGACCAGCUAUGUAUGGACAUGCGCACUUGCAAAGAUCUCCAUCGCAUUAGCCCUACUUCGCCUUACAAUCGCCAAGAUGCAUAAACUUGUCCUGUGGGGUGUCAUUUCCGUGACAUGCACUAUCGGCCUGGUGUUUUGGUUCAUGUUGACGUUGCAAUGCCAACCGGUAUCCUUCUUCUGGCAGCAGGUUCGCCUCAAGCUCGACCCUCACGCCAAUGUUUCCGGCACUUGCAUGAGCCUCGACAGCAUUAUCGCCAUUGCCUAUGUUUACAGUGUCACCGCGACACUCUGUGAUCUAACCCUGGGUCUUUUACCUAUCGCGUUGGUCUGGAACUUGCAGAUGAACUGGCGGACCAAGGCUGCCUUGGCUGGUAUUCUUGGAAUGGGUUGCGUUGCAAGCGCAGCAGUCAUCAUUCGCAUUCCCUUCCUGCACGACUACAAGGACGUCGACUUUCUCUACGCAACAGCCCAAAUCUCAAUAUGGUCCAAUGUCGAAGCAAGUCUCGGAAUCGCAGCCGGCAGCCUCGUAACCCUCCGUCCAUUAUUUCGCUGGUUCCGCGACCCCAGCUCCGCCGGCGGCAGCAAAAGCAAAAGCAAGCGCACAGGUGGCAGUGUCCCUCUCUCCAGCAUUAACGCCAUUCGCUCCGACCCGUCUGGGCCGCAAUACUGGCGCCCAGACGUCGAAGACGAAUCGCACGCCGUAGUUACAACGGUCCACACCUCGAACGGGGGUAGCAGGACCAGUAGCACGGAGGACCUGAAUCCGAAACAUAGCGGCACUUUUUUUCAGGGGGUGAAUGUGCAGAAGACGUUUUAUGUUUCCGCUGAUGAUACCUCUCGAUGA